UAAAUAAAGGACCUUUUUUUUGUUAGUCGAAAGGUCAGAGCAAUCAACCAACUACGUACAGUUUUUUUACAGAUAACCAUUUAGCUCACGAAUUGCUCUUCGUCGCUCAUACGCUUUUUGUGUGAAUAAUAAGAGCAUUCUUUUCUCUCAUGGCGAAGGCUGAAGAGCGGGGUCGUUCAAGAUGGUCUCUUUCUGGGAUGACCGCUCUUGUCACUGGAGGCACUCGUGGAAUCGGGCGCGCAAUCGUGGAGGAACUGGCUGAAUUGGGCGCCAAUGUAUACACAUGUUCCAGAAAGGAAGAUGAACUGAAGCAGAGCCUGGAAGAUUGGGCUUCUAAAGGCCUCAAAGUCUCAGGCUCUGUCUGCGAAGCGUCGUCACAAGAUCAGCGCCUGCUUCUCUUCCAGAAUGUUUCCUCUGCCUUCGACGGCAAGCUCAAUAUUAUGGCAUCCGGAGCUGGAUCCAUUGUCUUUGUUUCCUCUGUUGCUGGCUUGGUACAUGUAUCAUUUGCUGGAUCUAUCUAUAGCGCUACCAAAGGGGCUAUGAACCAACUUACAAAAAAUCUGGCUUGUGAAUGGGCAAAGGAUGCCAUUAGGGUUAACUCUGUGGCACCUUGGUAUAUUAAAACCUCUCUUGUCAAAGAGGUUACUUCCGACGAAGAGUUUCUGGAAAGAGUAAUAUCCCGAACCCCUCUCAGGAGGGUAGGGGAACCCGAAGAUGUUUCGUCAGUGGUGGCUUUCCUUUGUCUUCCUUCUGCUUCUUAUGUAACCGGCCAGGUUAUUGCUGUAGAUGGUGGUUUCACUGUGAAUGGCUUUGAAAGUUAGAACCUUGAAUGGGAGUAAAAUAAAAUUUUCAACUACUCCCUUGGCUUUCAUUUCUGUGUCCAUUAUAGAAUAAAAUGAACAUGAAAAUAUGUACUGGUAUACUUUACCAAAUUUUAGGCAGAUAAUAAUGUCUCUCACUCUCUCUAUAUCCAUGUAUGUUAGUGUUAAACUGAGAUGUUAUGAAAUGUUAGGAAUGUAUUAAAAUGAUUAAUUUGUAAUAAAGUGUUUUGCAUUGUCUCAAUUUAUUUCAUUAGCCAGGCAAAUAAGAAAAUAAUGUUGCUCC